AGAGAGAGAGAGAGAGACCUUUGUUGUUCCCAACGACAGUUGCCUGUAAUGGCUAAAGAAGUUCGGGAUCUCCAAACCAGAGCGAGGGCUGAAUCUGAAGAUGAUGAUGAUAAGCCAACAAUUUGGGGGAUUUUGAUGGCGAAGCCAAGUGGGCCCACCCCUGUCAGACGCCAUUUAUUUCGCUUUCUAGACCGAUCAACUCCUCUGCCCCGACUUGUAGUUGAGAGGGAAGAAGUAAGUGCAAGUGGGCAUUCACCUCCUUUUAUCCCCUCCAAGCAUUCCUUCCAUCAGUAGUCCAAAAGCCAAAUCAUUCCUCCCCCUCUCUCUGUCUCUUCAAGCUCACUUUCCUCUUCUCUGCAAAUGGGUAGUGAUUUGUGAUCCGGGGGACACGGCGGGAGCCGCAUAAGGUCUAUCUGUUAUUGGUCGUUGAUGGGCAAUUGCGUUGCUGCCUCGAGACGGCAUGACUCGGGCCUGAAGAUCGAUUGGUCGGAUGAUCCCAAGGCCGGUGAUCAGGCUCCCGUGUUGGUCGAGUUGCCCGUCAAGGGAAGCGAGGGCGGCAUUCGGAGUUCGGGGUUUGAGCUGAACAGCAAGGAGGAAAUGUUCUUUGAUUCCCAGCCAUGGCUCGAAUCGGAUUGUGAGGACUAUUUCAGUGUCUGUGAUGAGACUCCGUCCUACGGCAAUUCUCCAGUCCACCCAAAGAAGUUGAGAGAACAGCCGCUUCCAGUAAAGUCUCUCUCUACGGAAGCUGCUGUCGAUUCCGUAACCGAGCCCCCCGUGACCGAAUUAAAGAAGCAACUCCAUGAGCUAUUCCAGGAGAGUUUUCGAGCCAACCAAGUUGAAAACAAGCUCGGUGAUAUUGAGUUACCUCCAAAUUCGCCAAGUAACAGCCCAUACAGCCCUAUUGUGAUCUCAGAUCAAGCUCCCGGUUCCGUGAAGAAAGCAAAGUCUGCCCAAUCGCCUCAGUGCUGCAUCCCGAGUCUGGUCCGAAGCCUCAGCUUCGGAGAGAGGAAGAAGAGGAUGAAGCCCGCAAAUGGUACUGUAGUUCAGUCUAGUGUAAUGGAAGGUAAGGCUUAGCUUUACUUGCGCAAUAUACUAAGCAAGCAAUUUUUCUGUAAGUCAGAAUAACCGUAAAAAGCCGAAACUUCAUAUCCCUUUUGUUCCUGAGUUUGGAUCGAUUGCCAAGCAGAUUCGUGACCUCUGUAUAUGAUGUGUUAUAUAUGAUGUCUAACACUAUGUUUUCACUCA